CAUUGCCUGUCAAAUUUCAUGAGAGGUUUUGUUUUGUUAGGGGAUUGGAUAUUUAUAAAUAAAAAAGAAUUAAUAUAAUUUGUAAACGAUGUGUAUGUUUUUUUCUACCGGUCAUUAAAUAGGGGAAUGUACCAACAUAUCAAAAGCUAAUUGUACAAUUGAUUCUAAAUUUUAACCUCAAAAUGUUAAAGGAAAAAGGCCAAGUUAAGUUUGAAGACAAAUGGGUUUCCAUGCGCCCAAUUGUUUUAAAACUUCUUAAGCAAGAACCAGUCUCUCCAGGUGAGUGGCAAGAAUUGUUUUAUGAUGUUCACCUAGUUUGCCUUUGGGAUGAAAAGGGACCUGCAAAAUUAAGAGACCAUCUCCAGGAUGAUAUUAUUCAAUUUAUAAAACAAGCUCAAGCUCGAGUUUUGGCACAGCAACAGGAAGAAGCUUUGUUAAAAGCUUAUAUUGCUGAAUGGAGAAAGUUUUUUACCCAGUGUAAUUAUUUACCAACUCCAUUUAAACAAUUAGAAAGCAGUUUACAAGGCAAAACAACAUCUACAAGUUCAAGUAUGCAAAGCAAUAAUAAUAAAAAAGGUUCAGCAGAUGAAAGUAUAGUCAGAAAACUAAUGUUGGACAGUUGGAAUGAAAGCAUAUUUAUGGAUAUUAAACAUAGACUUCAAGAAAGUGCCAUGAAACUGGUACAUGCAGAAAGAAAAGGAGAAGCUUUUGAUUCUCAAUUGGUCAUUGGUGUAAGAGAAUCUUAUGUUAAUUUAUGUUCAAAUCCAGAAGACAGAUUAGAAAUCUAUAGGGAAAACUUUGAGGCUGCAUACAUUCAAAGCACAGAAAUGUUUUAUAGGAUGAAAGCUCCAGAACACUUGGCCACAAAUGGAGUACAGGCUUAUAUGAAAUAUGCAGAUUCAAAACUUAGAGAAGAAGAGGCUAGAGCACAGAGAUACCUAGAGGCUGGAAGCAAUGGAGUUAUACAGUGCUGUGUAAAGGUGUUGGUAGGAAAUCCACUGCCAGGACUAUUAGCAGAAUGUGCUCCACUUAUAAAGGCUGGAGAAACUGAGAGAUUGCAGCUAAUGUUCAGACUUCUAGAACGAGUACCAGAAGGUGUACAACCAAUGCUCAGAGAACUUGAAAACCACAUAACACAGGCUGGUUUGGCGGAUAUGGUUGCCGCAGCAGACAUAAUCACUCAGGAUUCAGAAAAAUAUGUAGAAAGACUGUUGGAUCUCUUUAGAAAGUUUAGUAAGUUGGUUCACGAUGCGUUUUCAGACGAUCCUAGAUUUUUAACUGCCAGAGAUAAAGCUUUUAAGGCCGUGGUCAAUGAUACGACAGUUUUUAGAUUAGAAUUAGGUACCGGAAGAAAUAUAGCCGGUAAAAUAGUGACACCUGAGAGUAAAUGUCCAGAAUUACUGGCCAAUUAUUGUGAUAUGUUACUUAGGCGUACGCCUUUAUCUAAAAGACUUACCAGUGAAGAAAUUGAAACCAGAUUAAGAGAUGUUUUGCUAGUCCUUAAAUACGUUUCGAAUAAAGAUGUGUUUAUGAGGUAUCAUAAGGCGCACUUAACGAGACGUCUCAUAUUAGAUGCCAGUGCGGAUAGCGAAAAAGAAGAAGAUAUGGUCGAAUGGUUAAGAGAAGUUGGUAUGCCCGCUGACUAUGUAAAUAAAUUAGCUAGGAUGUUCCAAGACAUUAAAGUUAGUGAAGAUUUAAAUGCCCAGUUUAGGACGUCGACGGAACGACACGAUGCAAUAAAUAUAAAAAUCUUAAAUGCAGGUGCUUGGGCAAGGGGAUCUGAAAGAGUUACCGUUAGUUUACCAGUAGAACUAGAAGAUUAUAUACCAGAAGUAGAAGAUUUUUAUAAAAAGAAGCACUCUGGAAGAAAGCUGCAAUGGUACCAUCAUAUGAGCAACGGAACUAUAACAUUCGCCACGAACGGAGGGAAAUUCGAUUUGGAUGUUACGACAUUUCAAAUGGCGGUACUCUUUGCGUGGAACCAAAGACCGCAUGAUAAAAUCACUUAUGAAAAUCUCAGGUUAGCUACAGAGUUACCAGACGGUGAAUUGCGCAGGACAUUAUGGUCAUUAGUUGCAUUUCCAAAGUUAAAGAGGCAACUGCUUCAAUUCAGCCCAAGCGUAAGCGCUCCAAAAGAUUUUGACGAACACACAGUCUUUUGGGUAAAUCAGGACUUUGCCCUAAUUAAGAAUGGCAAAAUACAAAAAAGAGGCAAAGUGAAUUUGGUAGGAAGACUACAACUAAGUACAGAACGAUCGCAAAUGGAAGAUAAUCAGUCUAUUGUACAAUUGAGAAUUCUAAGGACCCAAGAGGCUAUAAUUAAAAUAUUAAAAAUGCGAAAAAGAAUAUCGAAUGCGGCUCUGCAAACUGAGUUGGUCGACAUUUUAAAAAAUAUGUUUUUGCCUUCCAAGAAAAUGAUUAAGGAGCAGCUCGAAUGGCUAAUAGAGCACAAAUAUAUGAAGCGGGACGACGACGAUAUUAAUACGUUUAUCUACAUGGCAUGAUAUUGUUAACUACAAUUUACAUUUAAGAAUAAAAGUGAUUGUUAUAUUGUCA